UGGCGGACAGUGGGGCCGCCGUUAAAUAACGUGUGAUAAGCGCAGAGCACCAAGAAAACUAUAAAGAACAGACUGCGAUUGACCGAAUUUGUGUGUCAUGGCGUCCACUAACGCUCGGCUGGGACAGCAGGCUUUGGCCGUGCUGGAUGUAGCUCUGCGCGUUCCCUGUAUCUUCAUCAUCGACGCCAUACUCAACUCUUACUAUGAUCCCGGAGCUGGAUGGGCCGGGACAGCGGGGAAGGUUUCAAUCAGAGUCCUGGGUAUAGUUGUGUCUGCUGUGGUCCUGGUUCUGUCGCAGAAGUCCCUGUUCAAGUUCUACAUGCUCUUCAUGGCUGUGCUGCUGGGAGCAGUGGCCAUUCUUAUCAAUUAUUAUGCCACCUCACACAUAGACUUCUACAGCGUCUACUACAAAGCGGCACUGGGCUUCCAGCUGCUUCCGCGGAACCGGCCCACCCUGUGGCUGGGACUUGCUGUGCUCCAGUUGCUGUUUGGGUUGGGUUACGUGGUUCUGAUGAAUGUGCAGUCGGUGCUGGCGGGACUGGUGGUUUUGGACAUUAUGGUUCCUCUGUGGGGACUGAUUAUGGACUUGCCCUCAGACGUACGGCAGCUCUUAACCGUCACCUCAGGUCUGGUCUUGGCCCUGAACACGGCCGUGUGUCUUCUGCUGAAGCUAAAGUGGUUUUACUACUCCUGCCGAUACGUCUACCUGCUCAUACGGCACAUGUACCGCAUCUACGGCCUACAGCUGCUGCUGGAGGACACGUGGAAGAGGAUCCGCUUCCCGGACGUUCUCCGAGUGUUCUGGCUGACGCGCAUGACGGCGCAGGCCAUUAUCCUGGUGUACGUGGUGAAGGUGGUGCGGGACGAGAGCGGAGAUCAGGCGUACCUGACGUGGGACGUCUUCUGGGACCUGUUCAGUAACCUGAUCAUCAGCGGCUGUGACUCCACCCUCACCGUGCUCGGCAUGAGUGCCGUAAUCUCCUCCAUCGCUCACUACCUGGGCCUCAGCAUCCUGGCCUUCAUCGGCUCCACCGAGGAAGAGGAUAAGCGCUUGGGCUUUGUGGCGCCGGUGCUGUUCUUCAUCCUGGCCCUGCAGACAGGCCUAAGCGGUCUGGAUCCGGAGGAGCGUCUGGUCCGUCUCAGUCGGAACAUGUGCCUCCUGCUGACGGCCAUCCUGCACUUCAUCCACGGCAUGACGGAUCCCGUGCUCAUGUCCCUCAGUGCCUCUCACGUGUCCUCCUUCAGACGGCACUUCCCCGUCCUGCUGGUGUCUCUCUGUCUUUUUGUGUUACCGGUGGUGCUAAGCUACGCUCUGUGGCACCACUACGCCCUCAACACCUGGCUCUUCGCUGUCACUGCCUUCUGCGUGGAGCUCUGCCUCAAGGUGAUGGUGUCUUUGACGGUCUACGCCCUCUUCAUGGUGGACGGCUACUACAACGUGCUUUGGGAGAAGCUGGACGAUUAUGUGUACUACGUGCGUUCCACUGGCAACGUCAUCGAGUUCGUUUUUGGCGUCAUCAUGUUUGGGAAUGGCGCCUACACCAUGAUGUUCGAAUCCGGCAGCAAGAUCCGCGCCUGCAUGAUGUGCCUCCACGCCUAUUUCAACAUUUACCUGCAGGCCAAGAACGGCUGGAAGACCUUCAUCAACCGCCGCACGGCCGUCAAGAAGAUCAACUCCCUGCCGGAGGUCAAAGGGGCACAGCUAAGGGCCAUUGAGGACGUUUGUGCCAUCUGCUACCAGGAGUUUGCCACGUCGGCACGCAUCACGCCAUGCCACCACUACUUCCACGCUCUGUGUCUGCGGAAGUGGCUGUACAUCCAGGACACCUGCCCUAUGUGCCACCAGAAAGUCUACAUCGAGGAGGAGUCUCGUGACAGGGCACCUUUCUCCAACAAUAAUGGCUACGGCGCUCCGGGCCAGGAGCAGGGAGAGUUUGCCGAGCCGGGUGGGGCUGAGGCGGGGGGUGUGGCUGGUGGGCGGGGUCCAGAGGAGGAGCUGCUGGAGGAUAAUGACAGCAUAGAGUACGACGAGGAGGAGUGGGGGACCCAAACGGACGGCACCCCCAUAGAGGAGGACUAUAUCAACGACGACACAGACUCAAAUGGAGACUGAUCACGGCUUGACUGAUAUUUAAGUUUCAAACAUCUUAAUUCUCAACAUCAGGGAUGUCCUUUGUUUUUGUCAGUCCUUAAAAAUGGUUGGGGUUUUUUUGUGUGUGUGUGUGUGUUAGUGCGCAUGCAUGCG